UACUUAACGUUAAUUCUUCAGGGUGAAUGUCAACUUUGGGCAGAAACCAUUUGUUUUUGGUAUUGAGGCUUUUGCACUGGAGGAAAGAAUGAAGCAGCAGAUGAUGAUUGAGAAAAUAUCACUGCCUCUUAACAUUAUUCAUCGGCUAGUUCGUUCCAACUUACAACACUAUGGGUAUCAAGAUACACUAAAUUCAUUUGAUUUGGCAAGUAAAAGUACACUCCCUCCUAUUCCUGUAGCUCAAGAAAAUGGCAUUGAUGAGCAAGCCUAUACAUAUGCACUAAGCCACAGAAAGAUUCUUUGUCAGCUUAUGAAUAGUGGAGAUCUUGAUUCUGUGUUUGGCAAGCUUCGAGAUUGGUAUCCUCAGAUAUUACAGAAUAAAUCAUCCAUUAUUUUUUUUUUCAACUGCAUUGUCAGAAAUACAUUGAACUUGUUCGGGUUGGGGACAUUGAGGAUGCUGUGAAUAUGCUAGGGCUGAAUUGGCGAGAUUUUUUGGGAUUGCACAGAUACCUUAUAUACUUCAGGACUGCAUUGCUUUGUUGGCGUACGAAGAACCCAUGAAAUCACCUGUUUUGUAUCUUCUUGAUUUAUGCCAGAGAGAAGUCGUGGCAGAUGCACUCAAGAUCCAGAGAGCUGUUUACAGUCAUGCCUCGAGAGGUUGCUGAGGCAGCUGACUGCUUGUUGCUUUGAGAGAAGGUCAUUGAAUGGUGAUCAAGGAGAGACAUUCCAACUGCACAGGGUUCUACAGAGCGAGGAGGAGGGGAAGUCAUAACGUAUAUUUGCACUUUGCCCCUCUAUAUGAAUCUCCCUUCUUCCAAUGGCUGACUCUUUUGUGCGGAUGACAUUACUUGUAUAGGUGAAAUUGGUUUCAGCUUUGGGCAUGCUGGUGUAGAGGCCCCGCUAUUUUAUAUACUGUUCAGGAUGUGGGAAUAAGUUGAGCUUCAGCCCACAUGUUUGAGGAUUAUUAAUGAUAAGCCAAUAUACCCUAUUUAGAUA